AUGUCAGGUCCUAGAGAACAUUACGAGUUUCAUGUUGAGUUGAAACCCUUUCAGCAGGAACUUACGAAGUUCCCUCUUCUCUUCUUGCUCGGUGAGCUCCAGUACUUCACACACAUUACUGAAGGUCAGAGGGUAUUCAGAAGAGCAAGAGAGCCGAUAAUAAUCAGAAAACUUGCUCGGAUUCCAGUUAGCGAUUCACUGUUUGAUCACAUUCAAGAUUUCAAAGACAUCUUGACAGAGAUGGACAUCCCUGAAAUCGAACAAUCAAAGAUACUGGACAAAAUUGCAUCAAAAGCUAAUGGCAUGGAUACAUAUUGUGGUGCCUUCAUGUCUGUCAGAAUAGUGAAAGUUAUAUUCCGACCUGAUCAGAGUGCUGUUAAUAAUGAAGAAAAGGACGUUGCAAAAGCUGAGGGGAAGUCAAUGGACAACUGA